AUGUCCAAGCUUCCGCCCAUCACGAUGAAAUCGAAGAACAACCACUGUGAGAAGAAACGUGGCCGCCUCUUGGAGCUUCCGUACGAAAUACGAGCAUCCAUUCUCCAUCUGUCUCUGCAACCUUCGUCUCGCUCGAUCUACGUGGGACGCCGGGAACGCUGGAACUUGAUCGAAGGGCGCAAAGUAUUACUAGGAUCUUGUCCUUCCAUCCUGACUACUUGUCGGCAAGUCUACAGAGAAUGUCUGAAUGUGCUUCAAGACAAGCACGCAACCUUCGUCCUGCACCUGAGGAAGGGCAUGCACAGUCUGCCCUCGAACCUGUCGUACCGCAAGCACGUUCGGCGGCUCACACUUGCCAUUCUAGCGAAGAGCAAUCGCAAAUCCAGGCUGGAAAUCUACCUGCCGAUGACACUGGAACGUUUGACCUUGCAGAUGGAGAAGACCUUUCCCAAUCUCCAGCAUCUGAGUCUAACACUAUGUGUCCGGAGUCCCAGGGUCCCCACCCGAGUUCCAAAGUUCUCCUGCUUGCGGCUUACCGGUCUUGGUUCUGCAUACCUACUGGAGGCCCAAGAUAUCUCGAGUGUCAUUUCAGCUAAUUCGAGAUUACACAUCCGAGGUGUGCCGCAUUGCUCGAGAAUGUCCCCGGACCGCCCUCAACGACAAGCUUGGAUGGAAUUAUCUGACCGGCCCCACAAUGAAUCGGUGGCUGUUCAACAUGCUUCCACUGGACAGCUGGCACCAAUGCAUGAUACAUCGACAAGGAUCGCAUCCCUCCUCCGGCGAGAGAAGACUAGCAUGAGACCUCUAAUUGACGUCUUGCCUGACCUUUUCCCACAGGUCCAGAGUAUACAAUUCUAUAGAAAACUGACAUGGCGCUUGAGUCUGGUUUCUUACGAGAUCUUGGAUACCAAUGAAGCCGAAGAGACAGCUGUUCCACGACUUACAAGGAGAAGGACGAUUGGAUUAACGGAUGACCAGCUUCCUUUUGCACCAGAAGCUUGA